GCUCGCUCUCUGAUCACCGACCCCGCGGCCUUUAAGCUGCUGAUCCUGAGCGGCCAGAGCUCCGAGCAAGGAGGAGACGUCCUGCUGCAGGGCGGCGCUUUCACGUGGAAACACUUCUCCGAGGUCAUCUCCGAUCCUCAAGUGACUGAGGUUCUGUCCAGGAACUCUGCGAAGCAGACCACAAAACUCACCGUUUCUUGUCACGGAGACGGGGGCUGGAGCUCCCUGGGCCAAAGCCAGGAGCAUCUUCUGGAAUACAGUCUGAACCCAGAGCCACAUCUCCCCGACAUGGACGGAGUCACAGAGUUCACCGAGUACAUCUCGGAAACGGUGGACGUGCCGUCCCCCUUUGAGCUUCUGGAGCCGCCCACUUCUGGGGGGUUUCUGAAGCUGUCCAAGCCCUGCUGCUACAUCUUCCCCGGAGGCAGGGGGGACUCUGCUCUGUUUGCUGUUAACGGAUUCAACAUCCUGGUGGACGGAGGGUCGGAGAGGAAGUCCUGCUUCUGGAAGCUGGUUCGACACCUGGACCGGAUCGACUCUGUCCUUCUCACUCAUAUCGGUGCAGACAACCUUCCUGGGAUCAAUGGAUUGUUCCAAAGAAAAAUUGCAGAGCAGGAAGAGGAGAAGAACCAAGGGUCUGGUUCCAGCAGCAACAGUGAGUGGAUGAAAAACCUCAUCUCUCCAGAGCUUGGUAUUGUCUUCUUUAACGUUCCUGAGAAGCUCAGGAUGCCGGAGUCUACGCUGAAGGUGAAGAGGAGCAUUGAGGAAGCAUCUCUAACGCUGCAGUAUCUCAACAAGCUUGGCAUUACUCCAGAGCCUCUUCACAGGGUGGUCAGCAACACCAUUGAACCCAUCACAUUAUUCCACAAACUCGGUGUGGGAAAGCUAGACAUGUAUGUCCUGAACCCUGUGAAAGAGAGCAAAGAGAUGCAAUUCCUAAUGCAGAAAUGGGCCGGCAACAGCAAAGCCAAGACCGGGAUAGUGAUGCCUAAUGGGAAGGAAGGGGAAAUCUCUGUCCCCUAUUUGACAUCAGUCACUGCUCUGAUAGUUUGGAUUCCCCACCGUCCAACAGAAAAGAUCGUCCGGGUGUUGUUUCCAGGAAAUGCACCGCAAAAUAAAAUCUUUGAGGGCCUGGAGAAACUGAGGCACCUGGACUUCCUCCGAUACCCGGUGGCCACUCAGAGAGACAUGACCUCCGGCGCUCCACCUCCCAUCAUCAAGCAAACAAAAAUGAGGUCCAGAGCAGACAGCAAGGAGAGUCUUAAGUCAUCUCCCAAACCCCACGCCAAACCAGGCAAGAAGGAGAGCGGUGGCCACGAAGAAGUGCCAACGGCGGAUGCCACUAAAGAGAAAUCAGCAGAAAAGAAAGAAGAGAAAAAACCCAGAAGUGAAAGCUUGAAAGCCACCAAACAGCAGAAAAACAGUGAGGUGGCACCUGGAGCAGGUAAGAAGAAAGUAUCCAAGGACAAAACUUCAAAGCUGGAGAAAACAUCCAAGAUGGAUGAAAAGAAAGACAAAGAGAAAAAAGAAAUCAAGAAAGAAAAAGUGAAGAAAGACGAGAAGAGUAAAAAGGAGGAGAAAAAAGAGACUAAAGCCAAGGAGGACAAAAAGAGUAAACCUGAGCUGAGAAAGAUCACCAAACCUGACCUAAAGCCGCUCACAGCAGAGGUGAGAAAAACGCUGCACAAGGCAAAAGCUCAGGCUAAGCCCAAGGCCAACAGAAGUAAAGCUGCUAAAGAGGAAGCCAAUGAGAAGACACCAACUCCAAAGAAGCGUUGUGAAGAAGCAUCUCCGGCUGACAGGUCCAUCACCUCCUCACCCGAGGACCUCACUGCAGACUUUGAGGCUUUAAAGCACGAGGAGACUCUGAAACCGCAGACAAAGCCCUUCCAGGACGACGGGGUGUCUGGUGGGCUGCUGGUGCACUCAGGCGCCACAGAGAGGGCUGCCUUCCAGACCCCAGAGAUGAAAACCUCCAAAUCUGAGCCUCCUGUAACGCGGGAGGGAGACAACAAGAGCACAGCAGAGCCGGCUGCAUCAGCUCUGUGGAAGGAUGGACACGCUGACUUUGACAAGAAGCAUGAAGAGGAAACCAUGGAAAAACAUGACAGGGACUCCGUGAGGGGAGGAGACCGAUCAAAGACUAGUGAAAGUUCUGAGGAGGAGGGCGACGUCAUUGAAAAGGCAGAAGUGGAGGGAACGGAAGAUGACGAGGUCCAAAAGUGUAAAGCAGAGGAGGUGAAAAAGGAAAAACCCGUCAAGGAAUGGGAGCCAAAAAGAGCAGAGCAGAAACCAGCAACGGCCUCCGCCUCCGAGCAGUUCUCUUUUAUCCAGGAUGAGACCAUGCCUGCUUACUCUGAGACGGAGCACACCAUCUCGGAUGAGGAGAUCCACGAGGACACAGAGGACAGGAUCCCUCAGCUGCGGUAUGACGUGGGCACCUGCGAUGUCUCGGUUCCCGAUGUUCCUGGCUCCUUUGAGACGAUGCACGGUAUCAGAGAGAUAAAGAGCUCUGCAGGUCCAGAUGCUGCAGAUGUAAAACCCAAAGUCUUUGUUGGAAGUCACGAGCCUGAGCUUGCACCCUUCCCUGCCAUCAUUGCUGCUCCCCUUGCUGAAGAGGAGCACAUCUCUUCUGCCACAUCCAUCACAGAGUAUGACAAACUUUCCUCUUUUGCCACUGAAGAUCAGUCUAUUGCCUCAGUGACGGCACCCCAGACCGAGGACAUGGGGAGAAGCUCUCUGCUGCUGGACGCCAUCAACAACGCCCCUCUGCGAGUGGAAGCUGCUCAAGGUAAAGACUAUCUCCACUCAGCUGGAACCAUCUCCCCCACCUCCUCUCUAGAAGAUGACAAGUGCUUUAAGUCUCCUUCCUCUGAUGAAUAUCAGCCCAAUAUUCUAGAAAUAGAAGGAGACACAAAAAUAGGGUCAGUCCACGAAGAAGAAGAAGAUGAGGAGGAAGAUGAAGACGAGGACCAAACCCCAAAUGUUGAUAUCCCUUUGGCAAAACUUCAAGAGGGAUACGAGCAUGCGGCCUCCAUGAUGCUACAGGAGCAGCAGAAGGCUCCUCCCCUUAAUAGCAGCCACACUGCCAUCAGUAUCGAAGGACUUGAUGUAAAUCGUGUCGUUCCGCCGCCGUCAUUCCCCGCCGAGUUAGACAACUUCGGUCAGGAGGGGGAGGAACGAUGCUUAAGUCCUGACGACAGCACAGUCAGACUGACCUCACCCACGCAGUCUGUACACACGAGCAGCAGCUUCCCACCGACCGAGGAGAAAGCUUUAAAGAUAACGGACAAGGAUCGACUGGAGACCAGCGUGAAAACAGAGAAAUCUGUUACUAUCUCUAACGAUACCUGGCUGCCAGGUGACAAAGCCAAGGAAACUGUGUUCAGUACAGACGGAUCCAAAGCUGCUGAAAUGAGUCCCGUCUUACCUUCUGCACCCGCUUCCUCUGGAUUACAGGCUCAGCUCAUGCAGAAGAACCAGGAAACAUGCUCAAGUCCUGAUGACCGCACCAAGACAAUGACUUCCCUCCCACAGUCUGUACCCACAAACUCCUCUACAUCUGCUGAGAUCUCUCAGCUUCCAGCAAGAGCUGACAUCCCCAAACCGGAGAAAUCUGUCACCAUCUUAGACCACGCCUCCUUCAUUGACGUGCCAGGUGACAAGGCCACAUUGGAGGUAUCGGAGGAAUCUGAUGAAAACAGUGAGGAUGAAGACAAGAAUUUUACCGAAACGGAUCUGAAACCCACUGUAAAGGCAAAGCUCAUGGAAGCAAAGGAGGGAUGCUUCUUAGAUGACGACUUUACAUUUGAAGAGAAACCUGAUAAGACAGAAAGAAAGGUUGAGAUAUCCGACCGGACACAAGUGUCCUUUAGCAAAGCAGAAGAAUUAAAGUCUCAGGUUAAAUGUUCUGAUGAUGAUGAUGAAGAAGAAGAACCAGAUGACGACUCUCCCCGUGGGGAAGGACCUACACCCCCUCCCACUACCCAAGACAAGGCAAACCAAAGAAAUGAAGUCAAUGAGAAAAGAGAGGUUCAGUUGAAAGAAGGCGAGAAGAGCGUUCAUUUCAGUCUCAAUGACUUUUCAGAGAAGGAGAGCAAAGAAAAAGUCCCGUACACGCGACAAGACACCCCCUACGUGUACGGGAAGACUUUCUCCUACGCCGACAUUUACGACAGCAAAACCAGCUCCAUGGACUCUGACUACUAUCGACAGGAGUCUGAGGAGAAGGUAGUCAGAGACACCCCAUCAAAGACACUCAAGCCCCCCUCCCCCGUCAUAGACGGGACCUCGGAGAAGGACGUAGCUCCUUCCUCCACAUCGUCCCCCCCCCUCUCUGAGAAAGGCGCAUGCUUGGAGAUCGACAUGCGUAAAUUCACUGCGAGAGAUGAGGAAGAUUACGAUGACGAUAAAGUUCUUGAUGAUGAUGAGGACGGAGAUGAGGAGGACGAGGAUGUAAGCAGCAUUGAUUCUGAUGUGGAGAAAGAUGCCAAACAGAAAUGUGAGAGCCCGCUCGGGGCCUCAGCGGUUGGGGAGGGGCUCACCUGCCCGGAUAAUUCCAGCGCCACCUUUUUGACCAAGAUCACAGAUGAUGCCAAGACUGAUGGCUCAUCUAUCAGUGCAAAGCCUGCAGAUUUAGGCUCCACGGGAGCAACUGACUAUUCUGGUUACUCCGCCGGGUUUGAAGAGAAAGAACUGUUUUCAUCAGAUCAGAACAGAGAGCAGGAAAAAGAGGCUUUUAUCCUGAAACCAAGAGAGGAGAGUUAUUGCCAGAAAGAGAGCGGUGAAAAACAGAAAACUCCAGAUGCACUGAGUAAAAGCUCAUUGGAUACUAACUUUCAAUACUCUGCCACAGCAGCCUUGGGAUAUUCCUCUUCCUCAGCCUACAGCUACUCCUCCUCCACCUCUGGUUCCCUUUCCACAAGCCGUCAGUUUGGGGAGGAACUGGAGACGCCUGCCUCUGUGGAGCCUCCAUUCGAGUACUCAUCCUUCAAAGAAGAAAACCUGCUUUUCGCUGAUUCUCCACUCCCCAGUUCAGCUGCUGCCAAACAUGACUAUCUGGAAGUUUCUGAGAAACAAAAACCAACAACCGAGUCUUCCUCCAGUGUAGCCCAUUUCUCAGCUCAUGUCACUUGUGAAGAGGCAACAUCUUCUCCCUCGUUCUCAUCUUCACUAGUCAGGGAGGAAAUGAAGGUUCAUGCAGCUGCGGAUAAAGCUCCUCAGUCCGGCUGCUUCUAUAAGCCUGAAUGGUCUGAAGGGACCAAAGCUGCUGAGUUUGGCUUGACAGCGGCUCCGUUUUCUCAACUGUCAGACUUUUCAGUAGCCAAAGAGGCUGCCAGCGCAGCUCUGUUCGGCGUCACCUCCUCCCCUCGGCCAGACAUAGAAGGCAAGCAUUACUUUGAGGAGACUGACAGCAGUGAAGAAGAGGAUGAAGAGGUUUACAUGCGUAACAUGACUCGUAGAUCUCCUUCCAGUGGCCCUUCUGGCUGCAUCUCAUUUCCAGACAAACCUGUCACUCCAGCUGUGGGUGAAAAGGUCAGGGCAGUUCCAGAUGUUCUUGGCUCUUACAUGUCAUCCCCUCCUAAGUCUGGUGAACAAGACGGAGCCACCGGAUCUGCAGAAGCCAGUAGAGGUUCCUUAAUGCCUCUUGGGGCAGCAGCCUGUGCUCCGGCUUCUGGCCUGACCAGGGUGGAACCCAGACAGGAGGCAGCAGGUUUUGCCAGGAGUAUGUAUGAGUGGGAAAUGACAAAGUCCCAGAUGGGCAUGGUACCUGGAGACUCCCCUCCCCAUUGCCGCCAUGAGGAAGAGUUUGAAGAGGAGUGUGAGAUGGAGCCAGAAUAUCCUGCCCGCCCCCUUUCCCUGUCCUCUAAAGAACAGCUGUUUCACUCCCAGUUUCAUGCACAGGAAUGCAGUCGGGACGAGCUGGAUGACGAGGAUGACAGUGACCAGGAUGCCCCCACAGGCGCCAUUUCCUCUUUCCCCAGCCGUUCCUCUCCUGGAUACUCGUCUUCUGAGUACAGGCAGCGCAAGGAGGACCUCUCACCCUCCUUCAUCAACCCCUGUAUGCAGCAGUUCUCACUGAGUGAGGAUUAUAGGGAUGCAGGUCACUGGAGUGAUCAGUCCCAGGAGGGGGACGAGCAUGACCUGUCUGUCAAGACAAGAGCCCACAAGCAGCCUCAUCAUCACCAGUCCCACAGCAAGGACAGCAGCUCUCUGCAGCAUACCGGUGAGAUGUUGACAGGGUCGGGUCUAGCCACAGAAGACACCCCCCCCACCUCCAUUAGUGAGUCUCUUGCUUCUCAAUCAGACUCUGAAGGGCCUCGAGGCCCUGAAGACUACGCCUCUGUCACUGGUGAUGGCAACCUCGACUCAGAUGAAGACUUUAUGCCAGUGAAUAAAUCGGCCUCAGGUCAUGGGAACCAUCCAUCUAGUUCCAGGAGGAGCCUCGACCCCCACCCUGCCCCAGUCAGGGACCCCCACCCUCACCAACCCUACCCAGAUGUAUGCAUGGUCGAUCCUUGUUCUUUGGAUAAUGGCUCUGUCAAGAAAGAGCCAAAACCCAAGAGCUUAAAGAAGGCCUCAGGGAGAACCAAAUCGUCCUCUCCAGCCAAGCGCAAGAGGUCCCCCAUGCCUGUGAAGCAGAUGUUAUCCCCCUGUGGAGCUCAGACGAAGAAGAAAGAUUCAGAUAAGAGCUCACGUAUGUCUCGUCUGUCUGAUGGACAAGGCUCCAAAGACGAUGACCACUCCAGGUCGAGCUAUAACCCCGGCAAAGGGCUGACAAAUGGGGUCAAGACAAGCUCAGGUUCCCAGAAGACUGGUUCUGUGGCUUCUCCUGCUUCACCAAUUUAUGUGGAUCUGGCCUACAUUCCCAACCACUGCAGCUCCAAAAACGUAGACCAGGAGUUUUUCAAACGUGUUCGUUCUGCAUAUUAUGUAGUGAGUGGGAAUGACGCAGCUGGUGGGGAACCGAGUCGAGGAGUCCUGGAUGCCCUUUUGGAUGGAAAAGCUCAGUGGGGAUCAAACCUCCAGGUGACGCUGAUCCCCACUCACGACACGGAGGUCACUCGCGAGUGGUACCAGCAGACCCAUGAACGGCAGCAGGAGCUCAACAUCAUGGUUUUGGCCUCCAGCAGCACCGUUGUCAUGCAGGACGAGUCUUUUCCAGCCUGCAAGAUCGAGUUUUAGGAACUCUUCACCUUUGGUAUUCCUCCUCUGUGGAAGUUUUUAUUUCACCCAUAAUUUAAAGGAAUAUACAGUUCUCAAUUGACAAUUCAAUUACAAAUCAGGCUUGCAAUAUGAAAAGACGUUAUGCAGUUCAGAUUUCAAUAUGAAAAGAUACAAUCCAAUCUGACAAUUUCAAAAUAAUAAUUUGAAUCAAAGCAAAAACAAAUUCAUUUUAGAUUGUCACGGUUUUUUGGUGGCAUUAUUUCACAUUAAAUACAUUUAGCAAUUUACACAGGGGUCCCGCAGGGUCUUAAAAAGUCCUUGAGUUUUAAAAUUUGAAAAUAAGGCCUUACAAAGGAUUUAAAAAGUCUUGAUAUCUUGGUAUUAAAAAUGUUAUAGUUUAAAACUUUUCCAUAUGAGUUUUCUGGUCUAAAGUUACAUUUUUUAACCACCCUUGUGUAAGUAAAGUGCUUAUCAACACGCUGCCAACAGUUGAUUAAAAGAAAAAAAGAAGAAAAACACCGGGAAGAGGUGGUGGUGGGGGGGGUAGUUAAUUACUGAAAUUUGAACCAUAAUUGAUUACGUUAGUCCAUUUCUGACAAGGAUUUGUUUUUUUCUUCGUCCAUAGAGCUGGGAAUUAGUCAGAGAAAUUGGUCUUAAUUUUUCUUUUUCAAGGUCUUAAAGAUUCUUAAAUUUAACUUGAAGAAACGUGUAGGAACCCUGUUACAGUUCAACACCAAUAAAAUGACAUUUCAAAGACCUUGUUGGAUUUAAACUCAUUUUAAAGUGUCUUAAAAUCUCUUGCAUGUUAAUAAUCUGUGGUGUUUUGAGUUAAAAUUCUAAAGAAAUGCUUAGUUACACCCCCCCAUUGUCAUUGAUAACACUGUAUUGCUUUGAAUUAUGGGUAAAAAAGCGACCAUACUACUCCUCAGCGUGGGCUGAAACAGAAACUGUCUCUGCUCGUCUGCCAGCUGCAGGAUUGGAGGCAGUUUCUGGAUAGUUUUUCCUUUUUGCACUCAUUUCUAAGCUUUCUAAGAGUUUAUUAUUUCCCAUCCUUCAGAUGGUUCUACUUUUUAAUCCUCUGAUCUGAGUGUUUGUCUGAGAUGAUGGCCUCGUUUUCAUUUGCCCAUGUUCUGAUGAGGGUUCUGUUGCUCUUUGCCAAAUGAAGCACAAAGUCAAACACAAGUUUCAACUUCCUGCGGAGCGUCUUUCAAACUGUGGUGCCGUUGGAUUCUGACAUAGUGAGAAUAGAUUCAAACGUAGAUCCAACCAAUCUGUGGCGUAGCUUAGGGAAUAACCGAUCCAAGAAUCUGUGUGAUGCUUGAUCCUUUCUCAAGCAUCUUUAACGAAGGACAUCUAUAAUUGUCUCUGUAGUCCGUGGUGUUUUUGUCGGUGUAUUAGAAGCCAACGUUUGCUGAUAGAAGUCAGAGAAGCAAUGAUGAAAAAGUUCAGUUUGUCUUCAGAGAGCAGAGGACGCACAUGCGCACUGCUGCCGGGACAAACAUCAUCUUUAAAUUUGACUGCAGGAACUCACUUGUUGAUAGAAACAGCCUUAUUUAUGUCCAAGGAUGCCGCUCCACCUCUGAUGAAAGGUCACACAGAGGUCAGAGCCUAAUUCAAAACUAAAAUCUGGAUUUCAGCUGCCACUCUCCAAAGCACAAAAGGUUUGUCGGACCAGUUCUGUUUAUUUGUUUAUCUAAAGGAAAGCAGCCUGUAUCAAAGUAAACGAUUUUUGAACUCAUGUUUGACCUGUUUUUAUAACAAGGACCAGCAUCUGUAACAUCCACGUUCAGGUGAGGCUUUGCCUCUGGGAAACUGCAGAUGGAAACAUGCACGCAUGGCUCCACGGAACCAAACAUGCACACAUGGACAAUGAAACUGAACACAGCUGCAUGAAGCUGUGUGUUCACUAAAGCCUGCUCACACUGAACAAUGCACAUGUUAACAUGAGCACUAACCUCAUGCACUGAAAUAUGCUUGUAGAUAACAGCGUCAUGAAACUCAAUGCAGUCUAUGCACACUGGACAACAACCGCACUUAAAUAUGGGCGAAGAGAAGACUGAAACUCGCUAGAAAAAACUGAAACAUGUUUGCGUGAAACUAUGGGGUUCUAAAAUGUGAAAACGUGUCUGCACUAAACCCUACAAUCACUGAAGCGUGCAUGUACAGAACAUACAAAAACCACAAACCCAUACUAAAACAUGCAAACACGCAUGUGAAUAUAUGUGCUCACCAAAAACUCAUUCUGUUAAACCCUAUGUACCCUAAAAUGUGGGCCAGUAACCAUUCAUUGUCUAAAAAAGGCAAACAUGGACCCAUGUGUGUGCUCUAAAUCAUGUAUGUGAAGAAAUACGGCACUUUAAAAUGUGUGCACAGAAACGUUUGCACAGAGCAAAAGACAAGGGAAGCACUUAAAGUCUCCCUCUUAUCAAAAUCCAGUUUUUAGAGUUUUUAACGUAGCAUUUUUCUUCUGAAAGAGAACAAAUGUAAAAAGAAAUCAUUUUGUUUUUGCAUUUCCGAGUAUUUCUCCUUUGAAAUCUGUCAAUCAAACUGUCAGAGGAGAUUUUGGAAACAGAGGCUUCAGAUCAACAUGAAAAAUGGAUUUUUAAGACAUUUAGGUUGUGGGAUUCUGGUGAAAAACUCCUAAUCAUAGUUAAAACGCUAGUGGGAACGUUUCUUUUUUUAGUUGUCAUAGGGGUACUUGAACUAAACGUAUGCAUGUUCAAUACUUGCACAGAACCAUGAGAACAUACGUGCUCGCUUAACCCUUUAACACCGGAGCCAUGUUCUUUGAUUUACUGUAAUUUUUGAAUGUUAACACAAUCAUUUCAGUAGAUUUUGAAGGAGAAAAGAGACGCUUUCCUCCUUCAAAAUCUACUGGAAUGAUCGUGUUAACGUUUGAAGAGUUACAGUAUGUUGCGUUCAUGGAACCAUGCGUGCAUUGAAACCUGCACUGAAACAGGCUGUAGGACCGCAUUGGGCUGCAGGGACCUGAAUGUAAAGAUGCAGAUUUACCUUUACAUUCUCAAUGGAGGGCUUCGAUCUCCUGGUUGCCUUGGUUACGGUGCAUCACAUGGUACACAAAGACUUUUCUUGCAAUAAGAACAUGCAACAGCCCUGACAUCUGGACGAAAACGCGUCUGACCUCUCACCCCUCCGACCACGGCCCUCACAAACGAUCUGCAUUCCAGAUGAAACCGUUUCAGCACCAAAUCCCGGCCCUGUACAACACUGCGCACAUAUAUACAAACACGCCAACCCAGACUGCCAGACUCACGUCAACCUGCUGCUGCUUCUCUGUUUUUGUAAACUUACUGCGCUGCCUGAGUUUUGUAAGGGAGACAAAAACAAAGCAGAAAAAAUGAUUGUAACCAGAAAUCAGUCAGACUGUGGGGGUCCAGUGAGGCCUGCUUGCUUAUGCAUGUGCACCCCCACCUGCUCAAAGGGUAGAACUGCUCCUUUAAAGAGCUCCUGGUGGCUCCGCCCCUUUCCGCUUCAUGGUUUUUAAUCUUCAGUUUUAUGUGCAAUAUUCUGCUGAUCUCUCUUUAAAUGUUUAGAGGCAAAUAUUAAACAGAGUUAUUGUUGGAAGACAAAAAGUGUGAAGAGAAAUAAAAACAUUUAUUGAAAAGAA